AUGACGAACGUGAAGGCAAACGGCGACGGCGACGGCGACGGCAAUGGCGAAGCCGGAGUUCCAUCAUCGAAGCCAGAAGCACAAGAAUCCCCUGAAAACAACGGAUACUACUCAGAGCUAAUUGUAUCAAAAAACGCACUGAAGAAGCAAGCGAGACAACAGAGAUGGGAGGCAAAGAAGGCGGAGAAGAAAGCAGCGGCAAAGGAACAGAAGAAGAAGGAAACGGAACGGAAACGGAAGGAGUGGGAAGAAAGCCUCGCGAGUAUACCUGAGGAUGAAAGAACGAAAUUCAUCGAAUCGAGAGUUAGUCUCCGUAAGGAGAGAAUGGAGCAGAAAACGUUGGAGAAAAAUAGCAAGAAAGAGAGACUCAAUAAGGCGAAAGAACAUGGGCAAAACGUUGUUGUUGAUCUUCAGUUCUCGCAUCUCAUGACUCCUUCGGAAAUUCGCAGUCUGGUUCGACAGAUAAUUUAUUGCUAUGCGGUGAAUGGAAGGUGUGAGUCCCCUGCACAUCUUUGGCUAACAGGCUGCAAAGGAGAGAUGGAUGAUCAAUUGAAAAAGAUACCGGGAUUUGAUAAGUGGAUAAUUGAGAAGGAAAAUAAGCCUUAUAUUGAAGCAUUGCAAGAUCGUAAGGAUGAUUUGGUGUAUCUAACAGCUGAUUCAGAGACCGUUCUUGAAGAGCUUGAUUUGAAGAAGAUAUAUAUAAUUGGCGGGUUAGUGGAUAGGAAUAGAUGGAAAGGGAUAACUAUGGAGAAAGCACAAGAGCAAGGAAUUCAAACGGCUAAACUUCCUAUUUCUAAUUUCUUGAAGAUGUCUAGUUCUCAGGUUCUUACUGUGAAUCAAGUUGUAGAAAUACUACUCAAGUUCACUGAGACAAGGGACUGGAAGACUUCUUUCUUUGCAGUUAUCCCCCAGAGGAAAAGAUCUCAAGCAGAUUUAGAAGGAAAUGCUGACAUAGUGGAAGAAGAAGAGAAAGAGGAAGAAGAAGAGGAAGAAGAAGAGCAUGAACAAAAAGAUGAUCCAUUGACAAGUAAAAAGCAAUGUGUUGAGGAGAUCCCUUCUAACAAACUUGUUGACGGAGUGUAG